ACUCUAAAAUCUCGGACUUGAUUCUUCAUAUUUUAUUAGUUAAUUGUGUUACAUAUAAUAGUAAUACUUACUUCAAAUUAAAAAUAUUUUAAAAAAUCAAAUUUAAAAAUUAGUUAUAUAAAAUUUAAUAUAUAAAAAUUCACAUAAAAAUAAAAAGGAUAAGUGUAACAAAUUUAAAUAUAUUAUAUGGGCGUAGCGUAAAGAGAGGAUCUAGUUAUGAUAGAAAUAGUAUAUGAUGUAUAAUUUUUCAUUUCUCAACAAUAUAAAUAUAUUUAUUUUUAUAAUAUAUAAGUACAUAAAGUUUUUUAAUUGAAAAUAAUGAAUAAUUUUUAAUUCUAUAUGUAUAUUAAAUUAUAUUUAAAAUGUGAAAUAAUUAAAAUUAAAAAAUUUUAACUGUAAAAUUUAUUAUUUAAAAAAACUGUAAAUUUGAUUUUUGGAUAUAAAUAUAAAAUCUUAUAUUAUUAAAUAAAAUAAUCAAACUAUAUAUAAUUAUUGUUAAUUUUUAUAUCUAUUAAAUGUAAAUUCUCUACCAAAAACUCUAUAUAAAACCAUUGAACAAACUACAAAGAGCAUUCGAAGAACAGUUAUCUUCUAAAUGUUUUUUUUUAAAAUAUCUUUUAAUAAUUGUUUAUGAAUAAUAAACAACAUAAUACUUAAAUAAGGCGUUGCCAACUUGCCACAAUCAUCAUAUGGUGGUGGAUUCUACUAAAGGGCAUUUAGAAUGCUAAGUACGUAGCAAAUAGUAUUAAACCAUAAAUUUUUGAAAACUCAAAAGAAUGAUAUGCUAUAUUUUAUUAUAUUUAUAUAUGUACUAAAUUAUUAUAUUGUUAAUAUUCAUCUGAUGCUAAAUUUAAAAAAAAAAAUCCUAAUAGCAUCAUCUUCAAUAAAACUUAAAGUUUAAACUUUAUCUUCAUAGUAACAACUAACAAGGAAUACAAAAGAUACAUUGAUAAUUUUACCCAAAAAAAAAGAUACAUUGAUAACUUUUUUGAUGGCAUUGCCAUUCAAUGGAUAAACUAUCUACCGCAGAUUUUCUUCAAAUGUACACACACGUAAAGACAACUAGCCUUUGACCGGGCGGGUGUAACUUUUUUAUAUAAAUAAAUAAUUUAUAUUCAUUCUAAUACUAUAGAUAUAUAAUAUUUACUAUAUUACAUAUAUGUUUUAUAUGGCAUGUCUACGCAUAACAUUCCGUGAAGACAUGUCAUAUAAAACGAAUCAUAAUAUUAUGUAGGAAAUUAGAAUCAUAAUGUUAUGGUUAAGUAAUGGUUUUGUAAAUGUGUCUAAUAAUUAUUAUAAACAAAGAUAGGUAAACAGCGUGUAUUGCGUGGUUUAUAAUUGGUUUAAUAUUUUAUGGUUUAGUAAUCACGCAUACGUUAAUAUUGGUUUAUAAAAAAAGAAAAAAGUUGUGUUUAGUGCCAAUAGUAUUCACAUGUAAAUAUUGAAAAGAAUUAAAGAGUAUUUUCUAUUUGUAAUCAUGUUUUAAUAGUUUAGAUAAAUGAGAAAAAGCUUGGAUGGAUCAGAACUUGCAUCACGCAUACAUACACCAUUCUAAUCUGUUAUUGUUAAAAUUAUAUACCAAAAAGCUAUAAUGGAAUUCUAGCACUGUAUGAUAAACAUGGACUAUUCUAUUUAUUGUUAUUUAAUUACGAGCUAGAAACACAUAAAUUCAGAUUUAUAUGUUUUUGUGAAUUAACAUGAGGACAUUCCAAAUCUACGAAAAACCCGUACUAAUCUCAAAGAGAUGCAGCACAUAUGAAUGUUGAUCAUAUGAAACUAAUGUAUCAAUACUAUUAAAAAAAAAGAAGUCUUAAAAAAUCUAUUUACACAAAGUUACUACACCUAUUUAUUUUUUAGUCCAACCUAUUAUAUACAACUAAAUAUUAUUAAUUAUCUCCUAUUAUAUAGCACCCAAAUAGUAUCAUUUAAUAUUUAAAUAAAUCUCACCCACUUUAAUAAGAUCAUGAUUACAUAUAUAAAAUGUUUCAAAUGGUUAUUUUUCUUAAAUCAACUUCUUUCAAUUUAACAUAUAUACAUUUGAUAAAUGGCACCGAAAUUUCAAUAUGUAAGGGUCAUUAUCAUAUAUACCAUCCUCCUCCAUUAGAUCAAAAUUUUAUUACGAGAUCAAUUUUUGAAAUAUAAAUGAGCAAUGUCCUAUUAAACAGUAUUGAUCAAAUCUCAAGAGUAUUUUUUACCCAAAAUUUUAUAAAACGAAUCAAUAAAUUUUGCUAGGUCUGGGUUUUUGGACCUAAUUAGGUAUUUAGAAAAAAGUUAUUUUGGUUCGGAUCGGUUUUUUCGGAUCUGGAUGGUUCCGGUUUCAUAAUUCAAAUACCUAUAAAUAUCUGUUAUUUUUUGUACAGAACGGGUAUGGAUCUGUUCAGAUAUUUAUGACUCAAAUAAAACUCGAUAAACAUAAAAAAUACUCGAAACACGAAAAAUAUCCAAAAAAACUAAACUAAUACCCAAAAAUCUAAAAAAUACUCAAAAGACCUAAAAUUGUACCCGGAAUCUAACCCGAGGAACCUAAGAAUACCCAAAAUUGUAUUUGAAUACCCAAAAAUAUAUUUUUAAAAUUUGAAUUUCUACUCAAAAUCCCAAACUAUAAUCGGAAAUUCAAACCAAAAACUCAAAAAUAUAUGUAUAUCAAAAACAUAUCCCAAAUACACAAAUAUAUCUAAUAUACACAAACAUUUUGGGUAUUUUGGCUCCCAAACGGGUUUCGGGUAGGUUUCACACGCGAACAGAGACCCGUAUUUUCAAAAAUAUAUGUAUUUUUCUCUGGACCCGAUGUGAACCAAUAUGUUCGAAUUGAUUUUGGUUUGGUUUUGCGGGAUCCAUGUAAAAUACCCAUGCAUAAGAGAAAAUUACAUAAGAUUUAUACAUCAUUCUAAAUAAAGUAAUUCAUGAAUUAUAUAUAUUUUUUAAAUUAACUUUUUUAUAUAAUUCUACUUUGUAACAUAAUAAUGUAAAACAAUCACAAAAUACUAAUUUAUAUCAAAAUUUGUUAUAACAAAAAAACCCGUGCUUUCAAGCGCGGAUCAAAAUCUAGUGUGUCUUUAUAACUCUCCAACUAAGUAAAUAAAAUAAAAUCCCUAAACUAAAUAAAAUUCGAUGAUUAUCCUCCAACCAUACGUAUCUUUUUGUAAGUAAAAGAAGAGUUUUCGUUAAGGUCCCUCAACAACUAGCUCUCGAAGCUAGAGUGUUAGGAUCUGUUUGAUCUUUGAAUGAAGCUUUUGAUGACAAAAAAAAAAAAAAAGAAGAGUUUUCGUUGCAGAUAUGGAUGAAAUCUCAUAAUAUUAACAACUUUUUUGUUCUUUAAAUUGUUUCAUUUUCUAUGUGCCAGAACAGUAAUAAUGAAUAUUCGCAUCAUUUAGUUAUUUGACGAAUCAAACUUAGAAACGAACUACGACCCCUGAAAAUCUGGACAUCCAUCGGCUAUAGAUAUUGGUUUCAACUUUCAAGAUCUUUCACCUUAUUUUCUUUGUUAUGCUAUAUAUAUUUAGCUUGAUUAUUAUAGUCUAUUAUCAUACAUUAUAUGUGACAUGCGUUGAGCAAAUUCCCUUUCUGUCGGUUUUUAUGGUUUACGUUUUCUUCGGCUUAUCAAUUAUUUAAGGUAGCCAAUUUAAAGGUCUUGCUAGUAUCUGUUUCCAGCAACUAAUUUAGAUACGGAUUUUAUAAAUAAAAAAAAUAAAUUAUUUAGAUACGAAUAUCCCUAAUUACAUUUGCAUAUUUGUGAGUUCUGAAAAACUUAAUUAACAUUAAUAUAUUGAUUGUGCCAUAAUCAUUUUCACAUAUUAACCUCUACCCUAGAUUUUUAUUAAUACAUUUUUGAAGGUAUGAAAAAAUCAGUUCAAAACGUUUUUUAACCGUAAUUAUCAUUAACAUUUCCGCCAAAAAACCAUAAUAUACAUACACAUUCCAGACAACUCGCCAAAUACGAGGUGAAAACCCCUCAACACAUCAUCGUGACAUUCGAUCUACAAAUAUAUUUGGUCGCUAAUCCGGUGUCAUGUCAGAUUGUCAGGUAUGGGCUGUGACGGAAAACGCGUUUUAUUGGACCAAAUGUAAAACUUACUAAAUACUAGUCUAAUUUUUACCAUUUUAUCCGGUGUCAUUUUUACCGUUUUUAUUAGCGCGUGUAUUAUUUUCUACUCUUAAUUUUAUGGCAUUUUAGUCUACUUCUUCCAUUUUUAAUAGGCCAUUCUAUAAAUCUAAAAAUGUAAUAUUUGAUGUCUUUUGCAAUUUGAACGUUAUACAGAAAGAUAUUUAAAGAUAUGUUUAGAUUCAAAAUCACACGUUUAGAUUCAAAAAGAUAUGUUCAGACUUGUAUAACAUAAGCAAAAUGUCAGUUUAUAUAAUAAUUCAUAUAACUAAAACAAGAAAUGAAGAAACUUUGAAUAUUCUUUAGGACCAAAUCUUGAAUAUUUAACUUCAUAAAGACAAUAAAUGAUAGCUGAUAAAUUAUUAGAUUAGUCAAGUAAAAAACGGAAGUUGUCUCUCACAUGGCGAGACAAUUUUUCAAAGAGAAAACAAUAUAUAUACCUCCCACAUACCUCAAGCAUCUACAUUCCACAUUUCACUCUUCACCACCAAACUAAACCCUAAUUCAUCAUUUCUCUUUUUUUUUUUGAACUGAUUCUUGAUUCAUCAUUUCUCUUUAACAACCAAUUUCUUAUAUAUCUUCAUUGUUCAUCUCUCAUUCAACCAAAAAUUCUUUUUGUAGUUUUAAAAUGAAACAGCUGUCGACAAAAGUGACAAGCAAUGCUCAUGGACAAGACUCAUCUUACUUCUUGGGAUGGGAAGAAUACGAGAAGAACCCAUAUGACGAAAUCAAGAACCCUAAUGGGAUUAUUCAAAUGGGUCUUGCUGAAAAUCAGCUAUGUUUUGAUCUCAUAGAGACAUGGUUAGCUAAGAAUCCAGACGCAGCCGGACUCAAGAAGGACGGCCAAUCUAUUUUCAAAGAGCUUGCUCUCUUCCAAGAUUAUCAUGGCCUACCCGAAUUCAAGAAAGCUUUGGCAGAGUUUAUGGAGGAAAUAAGAGGGAAUAGAGUAACAUUUGACCCACGGAAGAUUGUUCUAGCUGCUGGUUCAACCUCUGCCAACGAAACUCUCAUGUUUUGUCUCGCAGAACCUGGAGAAGCUUUCCUUUUACCCACUCCUUACUAUCCAGGAUUCGAUAGGGAUUUGAAAUGGAGAACCGGAGCAGAGAUCGUACCGAUUCAUUGCUCGAGCUCUAAUGGGUUCCAAAUCACUGAGUCAGCUCUUCAACAAGCUUAUCAACAAGCUCAAAAGCUUGAUCUUAACGUCAAAGGGAUUCUUGUUACCAACCCAUCUAACCCACUUGGCACGAUGUUGACCAGAAGAGAACUAAACCUUCUCGUUGACUUCAUUACCUCCAAAAACAUUCAUCUCAUAAGCGACGAGAUCUAUUCAGGUACCGUUUUUGGGUUUGAACAAUUCGUUAGCGUCAUGGAUGUCUUAAAAGACAAGAAACUCGAGAACACGGAAGUCUCCAAAAGAGUUCAUGUCGUUUACAGUCUUUCCAAAGAUCUCGGUUUACCCGGUUUUCGCGUUGGAGCAAUUUACUCCAACGACGAAAUGGUUGUUUCGGCCGCGACGAAAAUGUCGAGUUUCGGUCUCGUUUCUUCCCAAACACAAUACCUUCUCUCUGCAUUGCUUUCAGACAAGAAGUUCACAGGUACAUACCUCAACGAAAACAAGAAAAGACUCAAGAUUCGUCAAAGGCAACUCGUGUCCGGUCUUGAAGCCGCAGGAGUUACUUGUCUUAAAAGCAACGCUGGUUUGUUUUGUUGGGUCGACAUGAGGCAUCUCUUGGACACAAACACGUUCGAAGCAGAGCUUGAGCUUUGGAAGAAGAUUGUGUACGAGGUGAAACUGAAUAUUUCACCCGGUUCAUCGUGCCAUUGUACUGAACCGGGUUGGUUUAGGGUUUGUUUCGCCAAUAUGAGUGAAGAGACACUCGAUUUGGCGAUGAAAAGGCUCAAAGAAUACGUAGAGUCAACCGAUAGUAACAGAUUGAUUUCAAAAAGCAGUCAUGAAAGGAUCAAGAGUUUGAGGAAGAGGACUGUCUCUAACUGGGUUUUCCGGGUUUCAUGGACCGACCGUGUACCUGAUGAACGAUGAAAUUAAUUCUUCGUCCCAAGUUUGAGACACAGCAAAUUUUCACAUUUAUAUAAAUAAUCCGUUUUUUAAUAUUUUGGAAAAUGUCCCAACAUUUUCCAAAAUAUUUAUAUCACUAUAUUUGUGUUUUCAUAUAACUAUGUUUUAUUAAUUAUUCAUAUUUGUACUGUUGCAAUUUUUUUUGUUUGGGUGGAGUGUUACUAGAUAAGUGCACUCUGUCCAAAUUUUGAUUUGCAAUAGCUAUCAUAUAAAAAUAUAUCAUCUUGUAAUGUCAAUGAAAACUGCAUGUGUUCCAUACAAAUGUAAGAGUUAAUUUUAUCCGUAAAUCUGUACAUCUCAUAAAGUUUGACAAUUCUUUUGCAGUAUAUAAAAAUAUUAGCCAUGGAUA